AUGUCUGAGAAUUUAAAAAGAGCAGAAUCUUUGUUCAAUAGAAUAAUGAAUCAAAAUCAAGGAACAACUGAUACUACUAGCUCAGUCAAAUCCAAUACCAAUACCAAUACCAAUAAAUCUUAUAAAUCAUAUAAUAAUAAUGGAAAUAGUAAUGGUAAAAAUGGAAAUCAUCACCAUUCUCAUAGAAAUAGUAAUACUAAUAAUAUCAUGACAAAUUCAAGUUCAAGUUCAACUACCCUCAAUUCUUUCAUUAAUAAUGAGACUAAUAAUUCUGAUAUCAAUAAUACAUCUCAAGAAUUAUUAUUACCUAAACGUGAUCCAAUUAAAUUAAGUGAAGAAAUCGUAAGCACAAUUCCAUCAGAUCAUCAUGUUUUGGACUAUUGUUGGACUAUGUGGCAUCAUUCAAGAACAAGAUUAAAACGUCAACAACAACAUCAUAAAGAAUCAGAUGAUGUAUCUAAUGUUUUACCUGCUUUACCAGCUGCCAAUGUUGAUUCAUAUUUACAAACCACCACUGAAAUAUCAUUUCCAAAUGUUGAACAAGGUGAUGAUAAUACAGUUUCCAUUGCUAGUAUAGAACAAUUAUGGACUAGUUUAUCAUGGAUUAAAAAGAGUCAUGAAUUAUCAUUUGGAACUGAAUUUCUUAUUUUUAAAAGUGGUGUAAGUCCAGUAUGGGAAGAUCCAAUUAAUACUAAAGGUGGUAGAUGGAUAUUCCGAUUUAAUCGUCGACCAAAUACUACAAGUAAUAAUAAUAAUAAUAAUAAUAAUAAUAAUAAUAAUGGAGAAGAUGAAAGUUCUACCAGUGUUAGAAAGAGAACCAGUUUAAUUUGGGAAAGAUUAUUAUUAAAAACUGUGACAGGAUCAUUAAUUCCUGAAAGUGAAUAUGAAGAAUCAUUAUUAAAUGAUAUUAGUGGAUUAGUUCUUAGUGUUAGAAGAGAAGAAGAUAUUAUUAGUAUUUGGAAUUCUAAUUUAAAUUUUAAUGGUAAAAGUAGUAGUAAAAAAGAAGAAUCAAAGAAAUUAACUCCAUUUCAAGCUAGAAGAAUUAUUUGUGAUUCUAUAUUAAGAGUAAUUCGAGAAUGUGAUGCAAUUAGAGAAGGAUCAGAUUGUAUUGAUACCAUUGAUUCAGGAUCAAAUGAAAGAGUUUAUGGAGUUUCAUUUGAAUAUAGAUUACAUUCAGAUAUUGGAGAAUCAAGUGGUAAUGGUACAAAUAAUUCCAAUGGAGAUAAAUCAGAUGGAAGUAAAAAUAAUCACUAUCAUCAAGGUAAUAGAAAUCAUGGACAUUCACAUAGUAACAAUCAUCAUCACCAUGGUCAUCAUUCAUCUUAUCGUAGGUAUAAAUCCCACAAUAACAACAAUAAUAAUAAUACCAACAACAACAACAACAACAAUAAUAAUAAUAAUAAUAAUAAUAGUAAUGAUGGCGUCGUUGGGGAAGAAUAG